AUGAAUAGUGAAAAAAUUCUAUUAAUAUCAGAUAGACCAUUGCAUUUAGAUACAAUAUUUCCAAUUAAAUUUUAUGGUGAAUAUUAUAAAACAGUUAAAAUCUUAUCAAACGGUAUUAUAAAUAUUAUUGAGUCAAAUUUGGGGAAAUUAUCUGGAAGCAUUAAAGUAUUUUAUGGAGUUUGGAAAACGGGUCAAGUGGAUAUUAUUCAUAAUGAUAAGCUUCUAACAGUAAGAUGGCCUAAUCUUCACAUUUACAAUUCACAUGGAAAAGAAAUGGAAGAACAUGGUAUGUAA